AUGACGUUCAGGGAUGCGGGGAUUAUAUUAAUCUUGGUAGUGGAGCAGGUAAGUGGUCGCUUGGGGCUACGGGGAAAGGAAGAUUGCAGUUUUUGGUGGCUGAUUUUAUUCUGAAUAGGUCGAAAAUUUUUAAAAUACGGCGUGCAACUUCUAUAGUAAAACUUAUAAAGGUCACAAAGAAAUGAGGCAAAGAAAUUACCACGUAUUUUAAAGAUGAUUUUUUUGUGGAAACAUGUACUAAAUAAACCUGUGAUUUUUUGAAUUGAAUUUUACAUUCUUAUUCUAUCUACGCUAUAAAUCAAUUCCUGAAAUUUUUAACUUGCGCUAUGCAGGAGUAGCUGACAUAUUCAACGAUCUUUACAGCCGAGAGACUACGGAAAACGAGGAGAGGAGAAAAAUGGCCUAAAGGUCUUUUUCUUUACUAUCUCUCCUCAUUUUUCAUAGUCUCUCGUCAACAAAGAAAGUUGAAAAUUUCGUCUGCACCUCCAAAGAGCAAGCUAAAAUUUUCGGAAAUUGAUUUUUGGCCUGGAUAACUUGUUAUCAUCAAAAAAUCUAGUCGAUAUCCCAACAAAAAAAAUUAAAAAUACCUUGAAAUUUUCCUACUUUAUUCCAAUAUAUUUUUUUCAGUUCCUCCUCUCAUCCCUACCUCUAGACCAAUUCCUCUACAUUACUGUCAAAUCCACCGAAUCCAAUCACAACACUCGCCUAAAAGAUCUGCAAAACACUUGGUUCAAGGACUUGAAACAAGCGGUAAGACCUUGUGAAUAAUUAAGCAAAUCGUCCGAAAACCUCAUUUAUUUCAAAUGUUUCGGCCUUGAAUGUUCAAAGGCGAAGAUUUUUUAUGAUUCGAACACUUUUUCCAUCGCUUUUUGUAAUUUUUCGGCUAUUUUUAGGAGAUUAAUAUUGUCAGCGACUCCGAAAAUGGGCUAGAUGGAUGGCUAAAGGAGAAAGUGGUGGCGACAAACUGUGGGAAAAGUCAUGCCAGGUAAAUUAGUCGAUAAUUUGAAAAAAUCUUGUUUCUAAAAUACGAUUAUAUAUUUUUUUUAAAACCCCCAGUUUUCCCCCAAAAAUGAAAAAAAAGUCAUUUUAUCAAGAAUUUUCAAAAAAAUAUGUCAUCACGCCGCCUUUAAAUCGACGAUAAUGACAGAUAGACGCCAGAAAUUACAAAUUUCGCAAAAUGCUCCCAUAGAAAAAUAAAAAAAUUUUGGCCAAAACACCUAAUUUUGCCCAUCUCAAAUAUUUUGAUGACAAUUUUUUUUGCAAUUUUUGGUCAAAAAAAGAUUCUGAAAAUUUACAAAGAAUACUUCAGCUAUUUCUACUACCCAUAUUUCAUUGAAAUUAACUCAGAUUUUCUUGAUUGUCAUCAUUUUUUGUUUAUUUUUAUAUUAUCCUUGAUUUCAGACGAGACCUUGUUUGCAAACUCCAAAAAGAACUCCAACUGUUCAAACAUGCGAAUGCUAAGUAAGUUCUGACCUUUCAAGCCGUCAUUAGCGCCGUUAUCAGCGAUUCCCAUCAACCUCUCACCUUUUAUUUGUUUGACCUCAGCUUUGGCUCAUGAUCGAAGGGGAAAAUUCCCACUGAAUCGUAAAAAAAUCGACAAAUAUCUCAAUCAAUCACAAUUAAUUUAGCACAAAAGAAAGAUGGUGGACGUAUUUUAAAUUGUAAAACAUUUCCCUACGCAAAAAAAUUCUUGAAACCAUAAUUUUUAUAUUAUUUUAGAUGGUCCUGUCAUUUCGAUGACGAUAGUUACGUAAAUGUCAAAAAUCUCAAACAAUUUCUCUCAAACUACGAUGAAAAUGACGUCUACUACAUUGGCAAAGCUAUGACUGGGCCGAUCAAGGUUAAUCAAGACUACAAAUUUAUGUUUGCCACCGGCGGCGCCGGCUUUUGUAUUUCCCGAGGAGUCCUGAACCUACUACAAGAUGAAGCAAUAGCUCAAUUUUCCCACUUGUCAGAAGAACUUGGCAUGCCGGAUGACAUGACAUUAGCUGUGUUUUUGGGUAAGCAAACUAUCUUAGACACUAACUUCAAGCAGAUUUUCGAAUUUUCACAAAAAACAUAAGUCAUCAAAAUCAAUUUUUUUUUUGAUUUUCAGACAAAAAAGCAGGAGUACGACUAACCUACCGUUCUGAAUUCCAUUCUCAUCUCGAAUCUCAUCUAAUACAUUUGCAAGAUCUCCAAUAUCAAGUGUCGCUGGCUCGAACUGUCAUUCCUGGGACCUUCGCCAUGGAUAAGGUCAGAUGGAUGGAAAAAAUUGAUUGUUUCUUGAAUCUUACGCGCUGCAAAUAUCAAGAGUACACUGCAUAG